AUGGAUCAAAUACAUAAUAGCAUUAUUGUUGAUCCUUCGGAAAAAGUGACGAACGAAAAAGCGGGAACUGUAAUAAGUUUAGUCAUUAUAUUCGUGGACACAAUACUAUUAACAAAUUUAUUAAUAAAUGCGAAAAUAAGUUGCGAUGGAUAUUUACGAACAUGGGUUAUAGGAGCAAUAAUUCUAAGCUUUUUCUUGUUUUCCUUCGUUAAAAGAAUUCAAAAAUUAUUAAAGGAAAAUAGAGGAUUAUUUUCUGAGGUUCUUUUAAUGUUAUUAUGUUUUUUGUGGACAUACUUUGGGACAAUUCAGAUAAAUAAAUCAAGUGCUUGCCAAAAAAAUGCACCCUUUUUAUUUUGGGCAGUAUUUACCUUAGUAACAGCAAUAUGGUGCUCAAUUAUAGGAAUGAUUUUGAGCUUGAUGAUUAUAACAGUAGGAUCCUUUUUUAUUAUUAGAUCUAAAGUAGAUAAAAUAUAA